GGAAGCAGAAGUGAUGUGAGCGGUGGCUGGGGUGAGGAGCUGCAGUGGGCUGCCUGGGGGCUGACACCACCAUUCCAGGAGCCUCAGUGGGAGAGAAUGUCUGUCUGUAGCCGCUUCUCUAUACGGGACUCUAGCUCCAUGGCGGCCUGCCUGCUCCUCCUGGGCAUCCUUCUGCUGCUGCCUCUGCCCGUUCCUGCCCCCUGCCACACGGCCGCACGCUCAGAGUGCAGGAAGCACCACCACAAUUUCGUGCCCGGUGCACGGCUCGCCGGGGAGGGUAUGGAUGUGACCACCCUCAAGCGCUCACUCUCCUCUCCAGUGGAUACACAAAGGUUCCUACGGCCAGACGGCACCUGCACCCUCUGUGUAAAUGCCCUGCAGGAGGGCACCCUCCAGAUCCUGCCCCUGGCACUCACCAACUGGCAGGCCCAGGGCUCUGGCUGCCAGCGCCAUGUAACCAGGGCCAAAGUCAGCUCUACUGAAGCUGUGGCCCAGGAUGCAGCUCGCAGCAUCCGCAACGACUGGAAGGUCGGGCUGGAUGUGACUCCCAAGCCCAGCAGCAACGUGCAUGUGUCCGUGGCCGGCUCACACUCACAGGCAGCCAACUUUGCAGCCCAGAAGACCCACGAGGACCAGUACAGCUUCAGCACUGACACAGUGGAGUGUCGCUUCUACAGUUUCCACGUGGUACACAUGCCCCCGCUGCACCCUGACUUCAAGAGGGCCCUCGGGAGCCUGCCCCCCCACUUCAACGCUUCCACCCAGCCUGCCUACCUCAGGCUCAUCUCUAACUACGGCACCCAUUUCACCCGGGCUGUGGAGCUGGGCGGCCGCAUCUCGGCCCUCACUGCCCUGUGCACCUGCAAGCUGGCCCUGGAAGGGCUCACGGACGACGAGGUAGGGGACUGCCUGGCCGUCGAGGCCCAGGUCAACAUAGGCGGCCGCGGCAGCUCCUCUGCCGAAGCCAAGGCCUGUGAGGAGAAGAAGCAGCAGCACAAGAUGACGAACUCCUUCCACCAAGCCUACCGGGAGCGCCAUUCCGAAGUGGUUGGCGGUCAUCACACCUCCAUGACUGACCUGCUGUUCGGGAGCCAGACCGGGCCCGAGCAGUUCUCAGCUUGGGUGAACUCGCUGCCCGGCAGCCCUGGCCUGGUGGACUAUACCCUGGAGCCCCUGCACGUGCUGUUGGACAGCCAGGACCCACGGCGGGAGGCGCUGAGGAGGGCCCUGAGUCAGUACCUGAUGGACAAGGCUCGCUGGAGGGACUGCAGCCGGCCGUGCCCACCGGGGCAGCAAAAGAGCUCCCGUGACCCGUGCCAGUGCGUGUGCCAUGGCUCAGCUGACACCACCCAGGACUGCUGCCCUCGGCAGAGGGGCCUGGCCCGGCUGGAGGUGACCAUCAUCCAAGCCUGGGGCCUGUGGGGGGACUGGAUCACUGCCACGGAUGCCUAUGUGAAGGUCUUCUUUGGUGGCCAGAUGCUGAGGACGAGCACCGUGUGGAACAAUAACAACCCUGUGUGGUCAGUGCCGCUGGAUUUUGGGGAUGUGCUCCUGGCCACAGGGGGGCCCCUGAGGUUGCAGGUCUGGGAUCAAGACUUUGGCUGGGAUGAUGACCUCCUUGGCACCUGUGAUCAGAUUGCCAAGUCUGGUUCCCAUGACGUGAACUGCAACCUGAAACAUGGCCACGUGAAAUUCCACUAUCGUGCCAGGUGCUUGCCGCACCUGGCAGGAGCCACCUGCCUGGAAUAUGCCCGUCAAAGUCUUCUGGGGGAGCCUCCGGGAAACCGGAGUGGGGCCGUGUGGUGAGAACAGUGAGCUUGGAGAGGACCAGUAUGCUCGGACUGAAGGGUUCUCACAGUGGGAUCCAGGGCUGUCUUCAUAUUCCCAUUAGACUGAGCCUGUCCAACCUGAGGCCCGCUUGCAGCCCAGGAUGGCUUUGAAUGAGGCCCAACACAAAUUCGCAAACUUUCUAAUCUUAAAAAAUUAUGAGAUUCUUUUGCAAUUUUUCUUUUAGCUCAUCAGCAAUCAUUAGUGCUAGUGUAUUUUAUGUGUAGCCUAAGACAAUUCUUCUAACAUGGCCGAGGGAAGCCAAAAGAUUGGACACCUGUGAGACAGAAGGAAAAGGGAGGCCCGGACUGCUUUUCUGGGAGGUGGCUGGGUUUAUACACCCAUCCCAAUCCUCCCUGUCCAAACUGCCUGAGCCCUCCGCCAUUCUCAAGCUCUGCAGUCACAACUACAUGGACCACAGCUUUAGCCAGGAACUGGGCAGAUGGCCAAGAGGCUGUUCCCACCAGGCUGCCCAGGGCUGGUCUUUUAGGACCCUCCCCUUGAACCCUCUGGGGUGUGGCAAAGCCUUCAUUGCCUUAGAUCAGGCGUCCCCAAACUUUUUACACAGGAGGCCAGUUC